UACGAAGGUUUGAAGGAACUCAAAGUAAGUUGUCAACUUAGGAUUCCAAAGCGUGAUGGAGAUAGGAUGGGAUAAAUGGAUGUUUCAACCUAUGGAAAGCUUGCUGGAUGAUGGGAUACAGUUCAAGGACGAGUGAGUGCUUGUCCGGUUGCAGGAGGCCACGAGGUUGCUGUGCAUACGGUUUUGGAACACACAAAAUGGAAUAUUGCCUCGAGGAUCCCAGUCAGGCAAAAACAGUGGUGCAUGUAAGUGCACGCCCAAGUCAGGUAUUAAGAGGGGCAGUGCAUGGGCCACGAGUGUCAGUGCAAUGAGUGCAUGGCUUCAGCCUGUAGGAACUUGAAUGACGUCCCUGAGUCCAGGCUCAUCCGCGUUCGUUAUACCUGCAUUCUUCAAUCCUCAAGCCCUCAUAACUCCCAAAGGCCUUCAAUCAAUGGGAAUCAUCGAUAUCUUCAACGCCGAAAUCGCCCAACAAGUGAUAGACAGCUUGGGCGGGAAGCAUCUCGUAAAUUCUCUAAUCACCGCUGUGGAGCGCCUCAUGCAGACGACAGACACCCUCUCCUCAGACGCUCACACAACCCUCGUAUCUACUACGCUGCUCGUGGAAAACUUGAUCACUGCCGUCGAGCACCUCGAGCAGAAGACAGACGCUCUCUCCUCUGAUGUUAGCGCAACUGUCGCAUCUACUACGCUGCUCGUAGAAAACCUGGUUGCGACGAUGAACGCGCUAGCGUUGAAUAUGCAUUACCUGCUGCAAGGGUGCAUUGCUCUUGUUGCGUUGCUGUGCUUGUUGACAGUCAUCUGCAUCGUGCGCUGGUGCUAUGCAUUUAGUCGAGAGCUUCGGGGUGUCACACAGCGUAUCAAGACCGCAUAGACCCUACACAUGACAACAGAUUGUCAGUUUCACCAGCACUUUUGCGUUCAUUUAUUCAAACAAAAAAUGAGAUGAGAGGCAAGAACUCCAACGGGAUUGGUGACUGGCCAGAUCUUCAGAACGCAGGUGUUGUUGGCAAAAACCUCCGAAGAGUUUCGGCAUGAAGCAGAGCUGACCGAGCCUCAGGAUUCGUUCUAGACUCUAGUAGUACGACACCGCAUGCGUUACACGAAU